GCGAAGGCAGCAGAAGCCCCAUGACAACGUUCCGCGGGAAAUUCAGUACUGGGAAGGUUUCUUUCCUAUUUGGAUUAGUAACAUACAACAGCGCUUUGUAGCAUCCUGUAACGGAAAACCCUGUUGUCAGUGAUUGUUUCUGAUUCGACUAACAUUGCAAAAUGUCAAAGAAGAAAGGACUAAGCUUGGAUGAAAAGAGAAGUCGCAUGAUGGAGAUUUUCUUUGAAACGAAAGAUGUGUUUCAGCUGAAAGACAUUGAGAAGAUCGCCCCCAAGCAAAAAGGCAUAACUCCCAUGAGUGUGAAGGACGUGCUGCAGAGCCUGGUGGAUGACAACAUGGUGGACUCUGAGAGAGUGGGUACGUCCAACUACUACUGGGCCUUUCCCAGCAAGGCCCUGCACGCUCGCAAGAACAAACUGGAGGAUCUGGAAAACCAGAUUUCUGAAGCAAAGCAGCGAAAAGCGUCUGUUCAGAAAGCGGUUGAAAAAGCGAAAGUAGGACGUCAAGACACAAAGGAGAGAGGCUCUCUGCUGAAGGAGCUGCAGGCUCUGAGAGAGGAGCGGACGCAGCUGCAGGCCGAGCUCGAGAAGUACAGAGAAUGUGACCCCGAGGUCGUCGAGGAGAUGAGAAAGUCAAAUGGUGUCCGCAAAAGAUGCUGUUUCCAGGUGGACAGACAAUGUUUUUGCCAUCAAGUCAUGGACGAAGAAGAAGUUCAACUUUGAUGACAGCCGCAUGAACAAAGCCUUUGGGAUCCCAGAGGAUUUUGACUACAUGGAGUGACUGCCAGCAUUUCUACAGGGGUUCAUAAUCACAAAAAAGGGAACAAAGACCUCAGUUUGAAGGCAGUUUCCCCGGUCUCAGCAGUUCUAGUUUAUGUUCUGUGUAUAAGAGUUAUAUGAAAGUACUUGUGUGGGCUUGAAGGAUGGAUAUCAGUAGUUUUGCUGUGGCAGAUGGACUUUAUCAGCUGAUAUGUUGCUUUGGUGAAACCAGAGAAGAGCAGCACAACCAUUAGUGGCCCGCAGGGUGAAGGGGUUCUGUGAUGAUCACCCUGACUUUCGGGACACCUGUUUGCAUGGAAACUGAGAGCCCUAAGUUGAUGAUGGAAAAGGAAUCAACCCUUAAUUCAACUGUGUGUCGUAUAAUCUAAUGUAUAUGGUUUAAACAGAUGUUGAGGAAUCAAAUGAUUGCGAUUUUUCUUUAAGUUUUAGUUCGGCUGGGACAUAAAAAGUAAAAAAGCGUUUGGCUACAUCCAGUCCUAUUUGUUCACAAAAAAGCACCCUGGGACUGAAGGGGAUUUAAACUACAGAGAAUGUGUUUGGGAUAUGUUAUGUUAACAAGUGCUGUAAAUAUUUAAAGUACAUUUACUUUUCCAGGACCUCUUUUCUCUUCCUGCAAAUAAAAUGUCCUUUUGAGUUUUACAAGACAUUUUCGGCAGUCGCAUUCAUUCUAAAACAUUGUGCACAGUGCAAGUAAAUGUGCACCCUCCUAUUUGUGUGCUUGAAUUUUUUCAAUAAAUUGCAACUGAAACA